AUGUUAACUGCAAAUUUGUCUAAAGAUGACAAGGAACAGUUAAAGAAACUCACGGAGUUAAAACAAUCUCUGGAAUAUACUUUGGAUGAAGAAAUGAAGAAAAAUGGUGAAUUAAAAAAAGAACUAACUGGGUUUAAGAAACUUUUUAAAAUGAUAAAAACAAAGUUAAAUGAGCAGGAAGAUGGAGAGUUUUGUUUCCAAGGAGAUUUAACAUCUAGUGAAUCUGAAAUAAUUAUUCUACUUCACACGCUAAUGCACAAGACACAAGUAGCAUCUCUAGAACAGUUAGAACAGUUAAGAAAGAAGGAAAAUGCUUCAGUGAAAAAGCAGAUGGAACUCCGAAUUAAAGACCUGGAAUUGGAGCUCUCUAAAACAAAAUCUCAAGAAGAUUCUGCUAAAAUAGAGCUGGAAAAAUACAGGCAACUCUAUGUAGAAGAGUUCAAAGCUACAGAAUCAUUGUUCUGUAAACUAAACAGGGCUAUUGAGUUUCUGGAAGAGGCCAACACCAAAUUUCUGGAGGAAAAGCAGCAAUACAGAUCUUUGUUGAGCAAUGUUAAUACAAGACCUGUCCUAGAGUGUCCUUCUGUCAGAAAUUUUGAUCAUAAUUUGGGGCUACCCAGAAGUUUUCAUACUAGAGAAAAUUUAGUGGUUCCUAGAUUCAACCCACAGCCUUCAAACAACAGCAUGGAGAACUACCUCACCAAGAUGCACCAAGUGUUGGAAAACAGUGUAAGUAAAGAAGAAAGAAAAGCUAAUGCUGAAUUACACAUCUUUAAACUUCCUCUCAGAAGAUCUGCAAAUAAAUCAAGUUAAGAUCUAAUUUGAGAAGCAUCACAGGAAU